AUGGAAGUAUCCUGUGAUAUUGAGAUGAUACGCGACCCCGAGUCGAGAAAAUCGAAUAUCACCUAUGUAGCUCGACACAUAGAGGAUUCCUUGACUUCACAAAGGGAGUAUCGUGAUGGCUGUGGAGUCAACUGUCGUAAGGCGUUGGCACGGUCUUGUUGCUUCUGGUUCGGCAAACGCUAUGGCAACUAUCUUAUCUGCCUUUACCUCAUAACUAAAGCCCUGUACAUAUUCAACGUUGUUGGGCAAUUCUUCCUUAUGAACCGAAUUCUCGGCACAAAUUACACUUUUUACGGCCUUGAUCUAAUACGUGAUAUUGCUGAAGGCUACCUUUGGGAGGAAUCAGGCAACUUUCCUCGAAUUACUCUAUGCGAUUUUGAGAUUCGUAAACUUGCCAAUAGCCAUCGAUAUACAGUGCAAUGUGUCCUGCCUAUCAAUAUGUUUAACGAAAAGAUAUUCAUAUUUUUGUGGUUUUGGUUUAUCCUUGUAUCAGCAGUGAGCAUCAGUUCCUUCCUUUACUGGUCCUACAAGUCAAGUUUCCGUUCUAAUCGGAUUCAUUUUAUUCGCAAAUUUCUUAAACUUCGAGAUUCUCUUGAGCCUGGGGAAAAGAAGAGGACUUACGCGUUUGUGGAUUCUUAUCUUCGACAAGAUGGUGUUUUUAUCCUUCGUCUAGUAGCCCAAAAUGCUGGAGAACUAGUCGCCUCAGAAAUAGUGGAAAAAUUAUGGAUUAUUUACAAGCGACGUCAGCUCCUCCCAACUACUGAAAAAGUUCGAGCAAAUGAGAUAGCUUGGAAACCGGGUGUUCUAGGACAUUCUCAUAUCCAUUCACCUCGUGGAGCUCAGAGAAGUUCUCAACUAUCUACCACUCCCAUUACUUCGCCAGCGCCUGCAAUAUCGAGUUCGAAAUACCCUUUUGGUAGUGGUUUACCCCCACCUCCUACCAUCCCAGCAUCCCAGUAUUCAAUGCCUCCUCCCUUACCCCCUCCACCUGGAUCUGGAUCAAAUAGUAUCGUAAGUGGAUCUAUAUCAAGCACUACUCAGAGCACAGACCGAUCAAAGAGUGGUACGAAACACUCCUCCUCAAUUCCCAGUAAGAAAUUAGGAGCGAAAAAGAACUUCCCUAAUCGGACUAUUGCAGAGGAGGAUCCUGGAGAAUUUGUCUGA